AGUGGCCGCCAGGGGGCGCCUUAGGGCAAGUGGUGGGGGUUGUGGCUGGGCGGGUCUCUGUUCCUGGAAUGGGGCAGGAGGGAGAAGGAGGAGCCAGCGGAAGGGGACGGUGUGUGGGCUGGCCAGCCCUGGACGAAAGAAGAGGGCCCCUCCAGGCCAGUCUGGGCACCCUGGGACAGCGGCUGCAGCCAUCAGCAGGGGCAGAUGACUGGUGGCCUGGUUGCUGCAGCUCCCAGGAUCAGUUCUGCCCUCCCCCCAAACGCCAGCCUCGUCAGUGCUCCAGGGCACCUCCAGCAGUAACAGGUGGUUGCGGCAGGUGGCAGCCAGUCCCUGGGUGAGCCAAGGUCUCUUCCCCAGCCGGGCAUGGCCGACUCUGCACAGGCCCAGAAGCUGGUGUACCUGGUCACAGGGGGCUGCGGCUUCCUGGGAGAGCACGUGGUGCGAAUGCUGCUGCAGCGGGAGCCCCGGCUUGGGGAGCUGCGGGUCUUUGACCGACACCUGGGUCCCUGGCUGGAGGAGCUGAAGACAGGGCCUGUGAGGGUGACUGCCAUCCAGGGGGACGUGACCGAGGCCCAUGAGGUGGCAGCAGCUGUGGCCGGAGCCCAUGUGGUCAUCCACACCGCUGGGCUGGUAGACGUGUUUGGCAGGGCCAGUCCUGAGACCAUCCAUGAGGUCAACGUGCAGGGCACCCGGAACGUGAUCCAGGCUUGUGUGCAGACUGGAACACGGUUCCUGGUCUACACCAGCAGCAUGGAAGUCGUGGGGCCUAACACCAAAGGUCACCCCUUCUACAGGGGCAACGAAGACACCCUAUACGAAGCAGUGCACAGGCACCCCUAUCCUUGCAGCAAGGCCCUGGCUGAGCGGCUGGUCCUAGAGGCCAAUGGGAGGGAGGUCCAUGGGGGGCUGCCCCUGGUGACGUGUGCCCUUCGUCCCACGGGCAUCUACGGUGAAGGCCACCAGAUCAUGAGGGACUUCUACCGCCAGGGUCUGCGCCUGGGAGGUUGGCUCUUCCGGGCCAUCCCGGCCUCUGUGGAGCAUGGCCGGGUCUACGUGGGCAAUGUGGCCUGGAUGCAUGUGCUGGCAGCCCGGGAACUGGAGCGGCGGGCAGCCCUGAUGGGCGGCCAGGUGUACUUCUGCUACGACGGAUCACCCUACAAGAGCUACGAGGACUUCAACAUGGAAUUCCUGGGCCCCUGUGGACUGCAGCUGGUGGGUGCCCGCCCACUGCUGCCCUACUGGCUGCUGGUGUUCCUCGCUGCCCUCAAUGCCCUGCUGCAGUGGCUGCUGCGGCCGCUGGUGCUCUACGCGCCCCUGCUGAACCCCUACACGCUGGCCGUGGCCAACACCACCUUCACUGUCAGCACCGACAAGGCUCAGCGCCAUUUUGGCUAUGAGCCCCUGUUCUCAUGGGAGGAUAGCCGGACCCGCACCAUUCUCUGGGUACAGGCCGCUGGGAGUUCAGCCCAGUGACGGCGGGGCUGGGGCCUGGAGGCCCAUCAUGGCACAUCCACCCAGGUCCUGAGCCCUCACAACCUGGACGGGGAAGGGACGGCUGCAUUCCAGAGCAGGAGGUAGGGCUCUGGGGCCAGAAUGGCUGUCCUAGAGCCCUCCACAUUUUUUUUUUUUUUUUUGAGACAGGGUCUUGCUCUGCCACCCAGACUGGAGUGCAGUGGCGUGAUCAUAACUCACUGCACCCUCAACCUCCUGGGUUCAAGUGAUCCUCCUGCCUCAGCCUCCUGAAUAGCUGGGACCACAGGUGCACACCACCACACCUGGCUUUUUUUUUUUUUUUGGUAGAGACAGGGUCUCACUAUAUUGUCCAGGCUGGUCUUGAACUCCUAGGCUCAAGUGAUCUUUCCACCUGGGCCUCCCAAAGCGCUGAAACUACAGGUGUGAGCCACCGUGCCCGGCCCAAGCCCUCCACAUCAUCAAUCCAGGAGCCUUGAGUCUGUGCUUUGUCCUGACGCCUCAAAGUCCUAGGGCUGUCAGGAUACAAGGGCAGGGUUUGGGGACAGAGUGUCCUUCCUCUGUCCUCUCACCCCGGUCCUGAUGGCCACUUGGUGAGGGUCGGUGCCCUGGCGACCUGCCCGGGCUCUCUUCUGGCUUUCUGAGCAGGAAGCGAGCAGAGGCUCCACAGGCUCACGCUGCUCUCCUGACAUCCACGCAUGACCUUCAGGCCUCAGUGCAGAGUGCAGAGGCGGCUCUGGUUCCUCCAGCCACCUCAGUCCCUCUUUGGGAGGUGAUGUUCCCAUUGUUUUUCAAAGGCCUCACCUUCAAGCGUCUGUCUUAGAAUUCCCCUCUGGAGGGCUGCGGCCUCCCUGUGCUUUCACUUCCCACCUCUCUACCCAAGUUCCUUCCCCGCACAUCGCCAGCCCCAGGCCUGGGGAUGUCCCAGAUGCUGUACCUGGCUGCGCCCAGAUUAAAAGCCUCAUCCACGA